UCGAUACCCUAUUUAUGGCCAACACAGCUGAAAAACCCUACUCUUUGGGGCCGCAUAUACCUAUGUAAACUAUACCGCACAUACCUAUACUCCCCCCGGGGAGUUCAUUAUCAAAGGACCAUUGGACCCGUAGCCAAUCAGAUUGCAGGAAAAUUUGAAGGGACCAAUCAGAAGGCCGGAUUUCGCUCACGUUACCGAAAAUUGGCGAACUUAAAAGUUCGCCCUAGUUCAGCAAGAAAGGUUAUCUGAGACACCAGUUGCAAGUCACGCCACUCCUCAUUUUUGGCGCGAAACGCAAAUGAAAACCCUUCAAGAGAAGACAAAUCGACCUCUCGUGAUAUUCGUCGCUCGCUCGGCCGCUUCGCGACCUCAACGGCCUCAAACCUUGAAUUCUAACAACCUCGUUCCCAGGGUCCUCUCUCUACCUCGAGUCUGGUUUCCAGAUCCCUCAGUGCAUCGGAUAAAAACAUGGCUGACACACGUGCAAUCUUGAUGUAGUUCUGAAACUCUUUUGUUUUGUCUGAAAGACAGUUUUCUAACUCAUUGUUAAGUCCGUAGCUAGGUAUUUAUGCUAAGAGUACACUAAAUCUGCCAUUGGAGAUCAUUUGUAAUGAAUACUUCAGGGAAAAUUUUUAAGAUUGAUCUCGCAACAUCGAACGAAAACCGGCGUGAAGACGGUGUUCCAGCUGUUGAAAAUAUUCUGAAUUCUGCCGUCAAGUCUCUAAAAAGUGGUCAAGUGAUUGCCCUUCCAACUGACACCAUCUAUGGUGUUGCGGCACUGGCUCAGUCCACCGAAGCUGUGAACAAACUUUAUGAGAUAAAGAAGCGGCAUGAGGAAAAACCUGUUGCUAUCUGUGUUGGGAGGCUAGAAGAUGUUCAUAAAUGGGGAAAAGUAACUGUCAGUCAGGAGAUUCUUCAAGACUUGCUUCCUGGCCCAGUGACUCUUAUAUUUGAACGAACUGAUCAAUUAAACCCAGGGUUAAACCCAACUACAAGACUUGUAGGAAUCAGAAUUCCUGAUCACUACUUUGUUCAGCAACUGAGUUUAAGGUGUGAAGAGCCACUUGCCUUGACCAGUGCAAAUGUUAGUACAGUUGGGCAAAGCAGUUUAAAAAUUGAGGAGUUUAAAGACAUCUGGUCAAAUCUGGAUCUAAUUCUGGAUGGUGGAGUUUUAGGACUGAGUGAACAAUGCCGCAAAGGAUCAACUAUAGUAAACCUGUCAGUUCCUGGCAAGUUUUCCAUCAUCAGGGAGGGAAGUGCCUACGACCAGACUGUCAACAUUCUUAGCAGCAAAUAUGGACUUGAGGAUUGCAGUAGCUGACAGCUAUAUAUUUGCUGACAAUCAUGCCAGUGUGCCUGUUAGGGGCAAUGGUUAAAAUAAUAAAUAUUGUAAUAUACAUCA